CGAAGUCGAGCAGAAGUUCGUUGCAGGAGUAUAUGAAAGACUCUUGUGGUCAAUUUUGGUAACAGCAAUGCUGCAUGAGCACAGGCAUAGGGGGAUUGUCAACAUACUGUUAGACUGCCUCCCAUGGCAUCCAGUCACAUGGUGACACUGAAGCUUGAACUUGUUGAGUCGCUGAUUUAUGGCACGCACAAUUGGCAUCACAUACUGACCAUGUUCGCUUGUCUCGAUUCCGGACGCCAAGGAGCAAUGGAUUGCUGACUGGAAGGUUUGCGUUUGUGUUAUCGAAGGAUCGCAAGGGAUCGCUACCUCGAAAGCUAUAUCAUCCCUCUCUGGGCGUACGAGAUCGGGCAACAGUCCAUUGCUUUCCUUGAUUGAUCUCAUCCGAAGAAGCAACAUGAGCUCUCAACAGACGAAACCAAUCGAUCUCAUCGCUAGCUCGCGCAAGGCAGACGGAACCUUCGAUCGCAAGCCGUCGGUGUUCAGGAGCUCCAUCGAGAAGGGCGGAAAAUUCGAGCCUGAGAAAGGUCGCUACCAUCUCUAUGUCGCUUACAGCUGCCCAUGGGCUACGCGCACACUGAUAGUUCGGAAGCUCAAAGGCCUGGAAGAAUUUAUAGGUGUGACCGUCGUGUCGCCUCAUUUCGGCCCAGAGAGUUGGCCGUUCGCAAAGGCGGACCCUUUCCCGGGCGCCGACAACGAUCCGCUGUACGGGGCCUCGCAUAUCAAGGAUAUAUACUAUAGGGCGGACCCCAACUACAGCGGAAGAUUCACCGUCCCCGUACUCUGGGAUAAGAAGACGGAAACCAUCGUCAACAACGAAAGCUCGGAGAUUAUUCGCUUUCUGAACACCGCCUUCAAUGAUGUUCUGCCUGCCGAUAAGGCCGAACUGGACCUCUAUCCAGAGCAUCUCCGCCAGGAGAUUGACGAGAUCAACGACUGGGUGUACAACACCGUAAACAACGGAGUUUACAGGGCUGGUUUCGCUUCGACCCAGAAGGCCUACGAAGACGCAGUGCUUCCGCUUUUUGAGUCACUUGACCGGCUUGAGAAGAUCCUCGCAGCAAAGGACUACCUGGUCGGCGACCAGCUGACGGAAGCGGACGUCCGGCUGUUCGUCACGAUUAUACGGUUUGACGUCGCUUACUACGCGCACUUCAAGUGUAACCUUCGCACGAUCCGUGAUGGUUACCCUGCGAUCCACCUCUGGCUUCGCAAACUCUACUGGAACAACCCCGCGUUCUCGGAGACAUGUAACUUCGAUCACAUCAAAGGCGGCUACUAUUCUAUCGGCCAUCUCAAUCCCUACGGCAUCGUGCCUGUCGGCCCCAUUCCCAACAUCCUCCCGUUAUAGGCCUGUAUUCGUGCAAAACGAGACGCAUCUCUGAGGUGCUCUUCGUAUGAGAGGUCUCGUCCAACACGAGGUAUGAGCAUAUCGGUUAUUUAUGUUGAAGCCUGUAAUCCUUGCUGUCGACUGGGUUCUAUCGAGGUUUUCGCUCGAUCAGGGUUCUACAAACUGUUUGAUAGAUGCAGAUAGCAAU